AUUUAAUUUGGCCGAAGAAGAAAUAAAGCAGCAUGGCAGGGAACAUACACAACACUGCGGCUCCGAUAGCUAGUUCUGUGUCUAAACUACAGUCGUUAAAUGGACUGUUUGCGAUAUAUAAAAAACGAGGGCCGACAUCUGCAGACGUGUUAAAUACACUCAAAGAAGUGCUACUCAAAGAAGCUGGGGUGAAAAACCCGAACCCGCGAAAGAGGAGGAAGCAGAGCCUGAAGAUGGGGCACGGAGGGACGCUGGACAGCGCUGCCAGCGGGGUUCUGGUUGUUGGUGUUGGGAUUGGCACAAAGAUGCUCAGUACGAUGUUGGCUGGUUCUAAGAAAUAUGUUGCCGUGGGGGAGCUGGGGAAAGCAACAGAUACCCUUGAUGCCACUGGCAGUGUGAUUCUGGAGAAAGACUUUGAACACAUAACCAGGUUGGACAUCGAGGAGAAACUGAAAGCUUUCACUGGUGACAUCAUGCAAGUUCCUCCACUCUACUCUGCGCUGAAAAAAGACGGCCAGCGUCUGUCCGUCAUGCUGAUGAAAGGUCACAAGGUCGAGGCCAAACCCGCCAGACCAGUCACCGUGUACAACCUGACCCUGCAGGAGUUCAAGCCUCCUCUCUUCACCCUGGAUAUAGAGUGUGGUGGUGGAUUUUACGUCCGAAGCUUGGUGGAUGAUCUGGGAAAAGCUCUGUCAUCGUGCGCUCACGUGAAGGAACUGACCCGCACCAAGCAGGGCCAGUUCACCCUGGAGGAGCACACCUUGUACGAGGAGCAGUGGACGCUGGAACACGUCCAGCGCUCUCUGCAGCCCUGCUCGGAGCCGGAGCAGGGGGUGCGCCGUGCGGACCCACCAGAGGCUGACACCUGAGGCCAACACCUGAGGGGGGCCCUCUGAACAAGUUGAAGAGCUGCAGGCCGCUGUCUGAUUUUGGGCUCAGUCAUGACACACCUGCUGGGCUUUUCCAGGGAACAAGAACAUCCUGUCUGAGCGUGUUGUCUUGGAACCCGAUGGAGCUGUGCUGGCUGAUUUCCAGGCGCUUGUUGUCUUUACCAGUUAUUAAAAUUUUUAUUUUAGAUAACGUUGAUAUACUGAUAUACUUGUAACAGUCAACUGCCCCACCUGUUCAUAUCCAUCCUUGUAAUGUAGAUUUCACAAUUUCAAAAAUCAUCUUCCUCAUAAUUAAAAACAAGAAAUUGCUUGACAAUACACACCACAGUAAAAUAGUUUCUGCUUGCAGCCACGAUUGUGGUGAAUCUUUAAGAUCAGAAGAAACAUGAACUUAAUGUAUACAGUGACAUAUAAGUACAUCUAUAUAGACUAAUAUGUAAAGCAGUAUUGUGAUAACAUUACCUUCAUUCAUGUUGUCACUGAUGGUACACUAGCAGGUACACCAUCUGUAGCCCUGCUGGAAAAUACAUGCACAAAACAGGUGAAAUGUAUCACAGGUUCAUCUGUGGUAACGCCUCUACGUGCUACGAACAAAGAAGUUCGACACUCGAAAAGAGCAUUUAUGUUCUUCCAGUACACGGGGUAAAGCUGUGUUUUGUUUUUGUUUUUUUAAAGAUUGGCGUACUCAACAUUUGAAAGGGUUGUUGCGUCAGUGGUGGUGUUUAUACAGCAUGUCUAAUUCAAUUUGUCCUGAACUUGCAGAUUUUUUUAAAAACUUUUGAACUGACCCUAUUAUGCUUUUCCACUUUUUCCCUCUUCUUUAGUUAUAUAUAUUUCUGUACAUGUAAAAGGUCCGUGGAGUGUAAGACCUGAAGUCCACGCCUAAAAGGAGCUACCCUCCCCCUCAGAAACACUGAUCCUAAGCUGCCUGAAACGGCUCCAUUGACGCUCUAACAGACCGUUUCACAGAGAGGAUGAGAAGAGGUGCUGCAGGACAGCCAGGAUGAGGAAAAACAAGGAGGAUUAUGAGCAUUAAUGCAUGUAAACAUGUUGUAACUGUAACUUAAGUUAAAAAUAUGCACCCGGAAAAUAGCAUAGUAGGGCCUGUUUAAGUGAAACCCAUCUUCAUUGUUAAAUACUUGCAUUUCAUACCAACAUCUCUUACAUCACUCACAUGAUGCUAAGUGGCUUCUGGUCAUGGAGACACUGAAAGUAUUUAGUUUGACUAGGCGUCACAUGUCUUUUCCUGCCCGUUGCUAUACUGGUGGAUUGGCUGAUGCGUUUAGGAUGGACAUUUAAGGGCAAGAGGAGAGAUUUUCUAAAUGUAUACUGGUUUCAUAUUUCUCUCAAAUUUCUUGUUUGGACUCUUUCUUUCUCUUCCUUUCCUUUAAGCAGACAAAAAGAACUUCUAUCUGCAUUCAAGCGGGCAAUAGCAGAGCGGUAUAAAGGCUUGGUGUGUAGGAUGUGGAAUCAUCUAGCGAUGAGCUUGCAGAUUGCAACCAACUGAAACCUCCUGUGUGCCAGAUGUGGUUGUAUAAUUAGGCUGUAAAGUGAUACAAAUGUGGUCCAUAUUGCAGAUCUAUCCUCAUUUUAAUAAGUCAUACUGCUGACUUAGUAUCUUUAAUUAUAUUUAAGCAUUACAAUAAAAAAAUGUAUUUCUCACAGGUUCUGAAAACUAUCUGGAAAAUAUAAAUUGGGUCACAACAACAUAAAAUAUGUAAUACUUUGGCAGAAUCUGGAUUUAUCUGGCGAUAUUAGUUUAAAAUAGUGUCAUCAAGUCAACAUUAGAUAGCAAGUCAUGUCUUCAUCAUUUAUAUUUAGUGUCAUAUAUAUAAUUUUCUCACAAUGAUCACUUUUUAUUUUUCAUCUUUGAAAACCCUGCUGAAAUGGGCUUUCAUAAUCAAGUUGCCAUUAAUCAAAGGGAGCAGCUGAGAAAGAAAUCCAAAAAGUGUGUCAUAUUUCACUUAUGGUUGUA